AUGUGCCUGUGCUGUCUUGGCACCUACUCACUGCCUCUGCUUUUGGGUGGCAUCCUCUUUCCUCCUCUGAAAGAAAACUCCAGUUCCCUCUCUUCCACAUCCUGUUUUUUUCCUUUUUGUUUCCAUCACAAUCCUUGCCUGUUCUCUUUAGAGCAUUUGAAGAGCCAACAACAGGUCAGAGUGGUGGAAGCACAGAGGACAGAGAGGAAAGUGGCCCCAGAUAUGAGGUCUACUCACAAAAUCAAACCCUCCAUUGUGAAAGUUGGAGCUGCUCCUGAAAGUCUGCCUGAAAUGGUGACAGAGGCCCAGGCUUCAGGAGUGUCAUUAGGCAAAGUCUCAUCUGUUGAAAGCUCCCCCGGAGGUCACGCUUUGGAAAACAAGGGCACAGGCACCUGGUCUCUGACGGCCUGGGUCUCUGAGGUCCAGGCUUUUGAGGCCCGGGCCGUGAGGGCUCAGGCCUGGGAGACACAAGCUUUUGAGGCUCAGAGCAGGGCCAGCCAUCCCAAGGCAACCCCUGUCACGGGGGCAGGGGCUGCCCCAGUCCUAAGACAGGGAUUCUUACCCGAGAACGUUCAGGUGCCAGGGGAGGAGAAGAGUGAACUCCUCAUUACUCGUCCAUUCUGGUCCAACAAGGCUGAGUACCUCCUGGCCCAGGUGGGCUAUACCAUGAGGCCGUCCAGUCUCUGGAGUUUUUGCUACCUGUGGCUUCACAGCGGAGGUGGCAUUUUUCUCAUCAUCUACAUCUUCUUGCUGUUCUUGGUCGGGAUUCCUCUCCUCUUCCUGGAGAUGACAGCUGGUCAGAGGAUGCGUCAGGGCAACAUUGGUGUGUGGAAGGCCAUCAGCCCCUGGAUUGGUGGUGUAGGGUAUACAAGCUUCAUGGUGUGCUUCAUCAACGGCUUGCUCUUGAAUGUGAUCACUGCCUGGAUCCUCUUCUACUUGAGUCAGUCCUUCCAGUUUCCCAUUCCGUGGGAGAAGUGUCCCUUACUGGAGAACGCCAGUGGCUUUGAUCCUGAGUGUGCACGGACGACGCCUUCCCUGUACUUCUGGUACCGGAUGACUCUGAAGGCCUCAGACAGCAUUGAGGACAAUGGGCCACCAGUGCUGAGUCUGACCCUGCCCUUAUUCGUGUCCUUGUGUCUUCUUGGUGCUUUCAUGCUUAAAGGGCUCAAGUGGACUGGGAAGGUAAUGUGUGUCUUGGUAUCAACCAGUGGUCUCAUAAUGCUCUAUCUUGUUGUGCGGAGUAUAAUGCUGGAAGGGGCGGUGUUUGGCCUUCACUAUAUGACAGUUGUCAAGAUAUCAACUAUAGCCGACGCGAACGUAUGGUGCGGAGCAGGGAGCCAAGUCUUAUGUUCCUUGGGCCUCGGCUUUGGCGCCAUUGUCUCCAUAGCCUCGCACAUGCAAUCGUACAACAGCUGUCUCAGUGAUGCCAUUAUUGUGGCUCUGGUUAACCUGGUCUCCAUGAUGCUUGUCACACCUUUUAUCUUCUCUGUCUUGGGCUUCUGGGCCACACAGCUCACGCACCGCUGCAAUGCGAAGAAUAUUGAAACAAUUUUGAAGCUGGUAAACAUGGGGAUACUGCCUCCUGAGGCCCAGCCACCUCAAAAUCUGAUUGGUAACCCAACCUCCAUCUUCACCUCCUGGUUCAACAGCCUCUCCCACCCCAUCAAGAAGGAGGUCCUCAGCCAUGUGUCUGAAUGCAACUUAGAGGAGCAGUUUUUGAAGAUUAAGGAGAGCACAAACUUUGCUUUCCUGGCCUUCAUUGAAGCCAUGUCUUUUAUUCCUGGGUCUAUCUCCUGGUCCAUCCUGUUCUUCCUAAUGUUGCUGAACCUGGAGUUGUCCACCACGAUAGGGAUCACACAUAGCAUCAUUACCUCUCUCCAGGACACCUUUAUUUUUGUCCAGAAAUAUACAAAGCUGUUUACAGUGGUUGUCUUAAUGCUCAUGUUCCUGUGUGGCCUCUUCUUCACUCGACCUUCAGGCAGCUACUACAUCAGACUGCUGACUGACUACUGGACAAUCAUCCCUAUAAUCAUCGUCAUCAUAUUUGAAAACUUGGCUGUGAACUGGGCCAGAAAGGCCGGCAGUUUCUUCCCAGACACUGCUAACUUGUGGGGGCAUCCUCUGUACAUCAUCAUGCGCUGGCUGUGGUCCUGUCUAAUUCCAUUUGUGCUGCUAGCCCUGUCGAUGACCUCUGUAUUUCAACUAUCUCAGAAGAAUAUCACCUAUCUGGCCUGGGACUCAAGCAUUUCAAAAGAAGUGGUUCGACAAUACCCAUCAUGGGGGCUGUUCACAUUGUUCGCCCUUUCACUCACGGUCAUCCUUCCCAUCCCCAUAUACUUUGUAUAUUGCUUCACUCAUGGGAUUCCCUCCAACUCCACCAGCAGGGACAAGCCUAUGAUAUCCUCCAAGUCCUUACCCGUAAGUCUCCAACUGACACCCAUUGAAGAGGUCGAAAAUGAGGAAAUCCUCCAAGGUGAUACUCAAAUUGCUGAUCAACCUGUUCUGUCUGUACCUUCAACUUCCAUAUCCCUGACUGCUACUACCUCAGCUUACCAGUUAGUGUCUGAGCUGCCCACUGAGGAGAGACAGAAGUUUGACCUUCUGUCAGCACAAGUUUGGUCUGAUGAAGAUAAUGAAGACAUACUGGAGACCCUAAGCAAAGAUGAGCCAAAGGAUGGAGCCCCCCAUGAACGACCAAUCUGGGCCAAUAAAACUGAGUACCUCCUGGCCCAGGUGGGCUUCUCUGUGGGGCUAAGCACCAUCUGGCGCUUUCCUUAUCUGUGUUUUCACAAUGGAGGUGGCAGUUUUAUCAUCAUCUACAUCCUGAUGAUGUUUUUGGUUGGGAUUCCUCUUCUCUUCCUGGAGAUGGCAGCUGGUCAGAGGAUGCGGAAGGGCAGCAUUGGUGUGUGGAAGGUCAUCAGCCCCUGGAUUGGUGGUGUAGGGUAUACAAGCUUCAUGGUGUGCGUCAUCGUGGGCUUGUACUACAGUGUGCUCAUGGCCUGGAAUCUCUUCUAUUUGGUUCAGUCUUUCCAGUCUCCACUACCGUGGUUAUUGUGCCCCCUAUCACAGAACUCCAGUACUGAUUCUGAAUGCUCACGGACCAACCCCACCACAUACUUCUGGUACCGGAAGGUAUUGAAGGCCACAGAUGAAAUCGAGGUAGAUGGGAAACCACUCUUACAUUUGAGUGCCUCUGUCCUUGUGAUCUGGUUAAUCAUCUGCAUCUCCAUGAUCAAAGGGCCAAAGUCCACUGGGAAGAUGCUGUAUAUCUCAGUACUCCUUCCCUACAUCAUCCUUUUCUCUCUUCUUAUCCGGAGUCUCAUGAUGAAAGGCGCAUAUUUUGGGCUCAAGAAUUUGUUGGCUGCCAAGGUACCAGCCCUGUAUUCUGUGGAAGUGUGGCGCCGAACAGGAAACCAGCUCUUUUUGUCCUUGGGCCCCGGCUUUGGCAGCUUCACAGCAAUCAGCUCGUACAUCCCUCGGUCCAAUAACUGUAUCAUUGAUGCCUAUGCUGUGGCUUUUCUCAACUUGCUUGCCUCACUGACUACCACAGUGUUUGUAUUUGCUGUAAUGGGCCACUUGGUCACAGAUAACAACGAAAAAUGUUACUUGAUGAAUGCCAAAAAAGUGAUGGAUCUGAUCAUUGCCCAGGUCCUGCCGCCUGAGGCCUACCCUCCAGACAGUCUGUACUAUGAUCCGAGCUCCAUCUACCCCAAGUGGCUCAACAACCUCCCUGAACACAUCAAAAACAGAAUCCUACCCAAUUUGACUGAAUGCGACUUAUCUAAGGAAUUGAAUAAGGUUAUGAUCGGUCCAGGUGUGGUCAUUGUGACAUUUAGUGAUAUCAUCUCUUUGUUUUCUGGACCCACCUUCUGGUCCAUCAUUACCUUCCUGUUGCUGGUGAACCUGGGGCUGAGCACUGUGAUAGGAAUCAUACAAGGCAUCAUCACCCCUCUCCAGGAUACUUUCUCUUGCCUCAGGGAGCAUUCAAAGCUGCUCACAGUGGGUGUCUGUGUGCCUAUGUUCCUGGGCAGCCUCCUUUUUGUGAGGCCCUCAGGCAGCUACUAUGUGAACCUGCUGGAUGACUACUGGGUAUCUCUGCCCCUUUUCUUCAUUGUCAUCUUGGAGACCAUUGCCAUGGCCUGGAUCUAUGGGGCCAGGAGGUUCCUUACAGACCUGAGUAUCAUGAUGGGCCGCCCCAUCUCCCCCAUCUAUCGUUGGCUGUGGUGUUUUCUGUCUCCAUUUGUGCUGCUAGUCCUGUUUUUAAGCACCCUGAUUCACCUGUCUGUGAAGGAUAUCACCUACUUGGCAUGGGACUCAAGAAAUUCAAAUGAGGUGACCCGAAUUUAUCCAUCAUGGGCUAAAGCCUUGCUUAUAUUCCUCGUCAUCAUCACCGUCCUGCCUGUCCCUGUCUACUUCUUCUACACCAUCAUCAUUCGGGUGGUUUCUCCUGUCUCCACGAUCCACAAUACGGCCAUAAUAACCUUCCAACCUGAAGCUAAGGGGGACUCACCGAAGGUUGGUCCACGGCUUCAGAGAGAUACUAAAAUCUCCUCUGACCCCAGUGGCAAUGGUUUGCACCGACCUUCAUACCCUCGUCGCGUGCCCAGGCCGCCCCACCCCCAAGCGCCCGCAGAAGCGACCGGUCUUGUCCAGAUUCGCGUGUCAGUGGCGGGCCUCGGAUGGGCCCGCCCUGGAGACAACGACUCUCUCCAGCAGGUGA